AUGGCUUCCAGCUCCGUGUUUGCCGCGGUGCUACUCCUCUCCCUUUCUCUACCCUUCGUUCUUGCUGGAAACGCUGCUGGCGCGGAGCAAUCGUCUCAGUCCAACUACGAGUAUGACGCGAACGGCAACAUCAUCCUCUCUUCCGCCGGGAACAACAACCAGAACGGCAACGGGCAGGGCACAUCUGCGGACUUGAUCGAUUGGUACAACGACCAGGAGUACCCGACCUGCCCGCUUAAGGCCUGCCCACCUUUCAAGCACUAUUGCUCGGGCGGCAUGUGCAACGACACGGCCGGCAUCCUCGGCCGCUGGAGGCUCCCCGAGCAGUCGUCGCUCGUGUGCCCGCCGGGGCGCGCCAACCCCAAGCCCAACAACGAAUGGUGCAUCGGAGAGCUCACGCCGUCGCAGUGCUGCAAGGCGUGCUCCGACAGCAAGGAGCCGUGUGCCAUGUGGCAGCACUACAUUGGAACCGUGAACCCGUCCGGCAAGUGCCUCAAGUGCGGUAUCUGCUGGCUGUACCCGCCCGGCACGGCGCCGCGGUGCGAGACUCAGCUGGACAACAACAACGGCUACCGUAUCAAGUACAACUGCUCGCGCAUCGGCGGCAGCUGCCCCUACACCAAGAAUGACCCGCACUUCCAGGGCGCGCAGGGCACGCGCUUCGAGUUCAACGGCGCUCCGGAGAAGACGUUUUGCCUGCUGACCGAUAGCAACGUGCACGUGAACAUGCAGAUGCGCGGAUACUACGACACGCGCACCGUCGGCGCGACGGUUCUGCGCAACGGGAAGGCUGUGCGCACGUGGAUCCGCGCGCUCGGGUUCGUGUGGCGCGCGGCGGCUGGGGAGGCGGAGCACAAGUUCCGCCUGGUUGCGCGCGCGGGGAAGCAGCAGGAGCGCGGCGACGGGUUCCUGGAUCUGGCGGAGAUCGACGGGAAGGCCCUUCCGCGCAUGACCAAGGAAGGGGAGACUCUCUCGCUCCCCGGAGGCCUCGCCUUCACUUAUGUCGGGGUCGAGUCUGGCGGGUUCGUGAAGGACGUGUACCGUGUGACUAUUGCGGGGCUUCUGGACAUGGAGAUCAAACUGCGCGUCGCGCACCCUCUGUUGCAAACACCUGACGACGCCGAGGCGCACAUCAACUUGGCGUUCGACGGCGUGGAGGCGACGGAGCAGGUGCACGGAAUCAUCGGACAGACGUACCGCGAGGGCCGCGAGAAGCGCGCCAUGGACUACAACACGCUCGCGCACGCGCUCGGACACCCCGUCGCGGCGGACGCGGCGGAGGGCGCGGGGUUCCUGGACGGGAAGACUGCAGACUACGAGCAGCAGCAGCGCCUCGCGCUCUACCUCGACCUGCUCUUAGACUGGAACCAGCGCAUGAACCUGACAGCAGUCACUAGUCGCGCAGAGGCAGAGCAGCGCCACAUUGCCGACUCUCUAACGCUCAUCCCUGUUAUCCUGGCCCUCACCGCACCACCGCUCUCAACCGUGCCACUUGCUGCUGCACCGCUCCCCGCCGCGCCCCAUCCGACCACACCCCUCCCUACCGAACCACUCGCUACCGCGCCAAUUCCCCCUGAACCACUCACCACCGCAUCACUCCCCACCUCACCACUCUCCACCGCGCCCCCUGCUUCUGAGCGUCCUCUAGGACCCCCCUCUGUCGCACCCUCCCCUGCUGUGCCACAUGGCGCGCUGCGAUUGGUGGAUGUGGGCACGGGAGCGGGGCUGCCAGGGAUCGUGCUAGCAGUGGCCCAGCCCACGUGGCACGUCACCCUGGUGGAAUCUCUAAACAAGAGAUGCGAUUUCCUCUCGCAUGUGGUGCAGCGGUUGGGGCUGACUAAUGUGCAAGUGGUGUGUGGGAGAGCAGAGGAGGUGGGGAGGGACCCCGUUCACAGGGAGGCCUACGACCUGGCUGUAGCGCGGGCUGUAGCGGAGAUGAGAGUCCUCAAUGAAUUGUGUCUGCCUCUGGUUCGAGUGGGAGGUGCCUUCGUAGCUGCUAAGGGGCCCAACCCUCAGGAUGAGGUGGCAGCAGCAUCCAACUCUGCUUCCCUGCUUGGUGCACAACUUGCUCGAACCUAUGAAGUCGCAUCUUCGAACACCAACGGCCAGCGCACAGCAGUCGUCUACAAGAAGCUCGAGCCAACUGCUUCCAAGUACCCGAGACGGCCAGGAAUGCCCCUGUGA